AUGAGUGUCCGCGCUGCCUCAUCACUCCCCAGAGUUGCCCGCCUCCACACCGCGGCUAGUACCCGACGCUGGCCGUCCAGCUGUAGCUCCGCGAGCUCGGCCCGAGCAUUUUCAACAACGCUGCACCGCGACGCGACAUGGGGUUUCGUGGGACUGGGCCAGAUGGGGUACAAUAUGGCCAAGAACCUGCGGGCCAAGAUCCCCGCUUCCGACACGCUGAUCGUCCGCGACGUCAACGAGGAGGCUGCAAAGCGCUUUGUUGCGGAGGCACAGGAGGCCGCUCGGAGUAACGGCGCUGGCGCCGACGAGGGCCGCGUCGAGAUUGCCGAGAAUGCGCGUGAAGUUGCGGAGAAGUCGACCGUGAUGAUUACCAGUCUGCCCGAGUCGCAGCAUGUCAUUGAGGUGUACCACUCGAUCCUCAAGCAAGGCGAGCUACCCCCGCUCGAACAAGAGCGUUUGUUCAUCGACACGUCUACUAUUGACCCUGUGACGUCGAAGGAUAUUGCCAAUGCCAUUCAAUCCACCCAGACUGGCCGGUUUGUGGACGCCCCCGUCUCCGGAGGUGUGGUCGGUGCCCGUGCUGGUACGCUGUCGUUCAUGUUCGGUGCCUCCUUGCAAUCGGAGGAGUUCUUGGAACGUGUUCGAGGAGUCCUCGCCUUGAUGGGCAAGAAGUUCUGGCACCUUGGUGAGCCAGGAGCUGGUGUCUCUGGCAAGCUGGCCAAUAACUAUAUGUUGGCCAUCAACAACAUUGCUACCGCCGAGGCCAUGAACUUGGGCAUUCGCUGGGGACUUGAUCCCAAGAACCUGGCUGAUAUGAUCAACUCCUCCACCGGCCGCUGCUGGCCUUCGGAGGUCAACAACCCCGUGCCUGGGGUGAUUGAGACGGCCCCGGCUUCUCGGGGAUACGAGGGAGGAUUCGGGGUCAGCCUGAUGAACAAGGACCUGCGUCUGGCCCUUGCCGCUGCCGAGGAGUCUGGUACUCCUCUGGCUCUGGGCAGUCAAGCUCGGGAAGUGUACAAUGCUGUGGAGGAAGCCCAUCGGGGCAAGGAUUUCUCCGUUGUCUAUCAGUGGCUAAAGGACAAGUCUGUUCCUCAAUAA